GGUUUUCUUCGUUCCAUUUUACGGCGGCAAUCUCUGAAGCCAUGACUGCUCAAACUCAGGAAGAACUCCUCGCCGCCCAUCUCGAGCAGCAAAAGAUCGAUCCUGAUGAGCCUGUAGUUGAAGAUGACGAUGACGAUGAUGAUGAUGAGGAUGAUGAUAAGGAUGAGGAAGAUGUUGAAGGACAAGAGGGUGAGGGAACUGGGAGGUCAAAGCAGAGCAGAAGUGAGAAAAAGAGCCGCAAAGCUAUGCUGAAACUUGGAAUGAAACCCAUUACAGGUGUCAGCCGCGUCACUGUGAAAAAGAGCAAAAAUAUACUCUUCGUCAUAUCAAAGCCAGAUGUCUUUAAGAGCCCAAAUUCAGACACUUAUGUUAUCUUCGGAGAGGCCAAGAUCGAAGACCUCAGCUCUCAACUCCAGACACAGGCAGCAGAGCAGUUCAAGGCUCCCGAUCUCAGCCACGUGGUCUCAAAGCCUGAGACAUCUGCUGCAGCUCAAGAUGAUGAAGAGGUCGACGAGACUGGUGUCGAGCCUAAGGAUAUUGAACUGGUAAUGACACAGGCUGGAGUUUCAAGGGCCAAAGCUGUUAAGUCGCUUAAAGCUGCUGAUGGUGACAUUGUUAGUGCUAUCAUGGAGCUCACAAAUUAAUGAGAGAUUAUGUUAGGGAUUUGGUACUUUUUUUGUUUCUUUCUAUUCUCAUCGGAGACUGUUUGACAAUCCAACGCCUUCUGUUUUGCUAUCCUCUUGAGGUAAUUUUAUUCGGUCUGGUGCUGUAUUAGUAGCCGGUUUGGUUUAUUGGCUCAUAUAUUAUCGUUCUGAAUUAUCAUUGUUCGCCUUGAGGUAGGGUUAGGGGAGGUGCAUAAUUGCUUACCUAUUUGUAGCUUUCGCAG